AGUGCCUGGAGAUGACCACCAAACGGAAAAUCAUCGGCCGACUGGUGCCGUGCCGAUGUUUCCGAGGUGAAGAAGAAAUCAUCUCAGUUUUAGACUACUCCCACUGCAGUCUUCAGCAGGUGCCAAAGGAGGUCUUUAACUUUGAGCGGACAUUAGAGGAACUUUAUCUAGAUGCCAAUCAAAUUGAAGAGCUACCCAAGCAAUUGUUCAACUGUCAAGCUCUAAGAAAACUAAGUAUUCCUGAUAAUGAUCUUUCAAAUCUGCCAACCACUAUUGCUAGUUUAGUUAAUCUUAAAGAACUCGACAUCAGUAAAAAUGGUGUACAAGAAUUUCCAGAAAACAUUAAGUGCUGUAAGUGUUUAACAAUUAUUGAAGCCAGUGUCAAUCCCAUUUCUAAACUCCCUGAUGGCUUCACGCAGCUUCUAAAUCUGACCCAGCUCUACCUGAAUGACGCCUUUCUUGAAUUUCUUCCAGCUAAUUUUGGAAGACUUGUCAAAUUGCGGAUCUUGGAGUUAAGAGAAAAUCAUUUGAAAACUCUACCAAAGUCAAUGCACAAACUGGCCCAGUUGGAAAGACUUGACCUAGGCAAUAAUGAAUUCAGUGAGCUGCCUGAAGUUCUGGAUCAAAUACAAAAUUUAAGGGAGCUGUGGAUGGAUAAUAAUGCAUUACAAGUGCUACCUGGGUCUAUAGGGAAGUUAAAGAUGUUGGUAUACCUGGAUAUGUCAAAAAACAGAAUAGAAACGGUUGACAUGGACAUUUCUGGAUGUGAAGCCCUUGAGGACCUCUUACUGUCAUCCAAUAUGUUGCAACAGUUGCCUGACUCUAUAGGACUGUUGAAAAAAUUAACUACUCUAAAAGUAGAUGACAACCAACUUACAAUGCUACCCAACACAAUCGGAAAUUUAUCUUUAUUGGAAGAAUUUGACUGCAGCUGUAACGAACUGGAGUCUCUACCUUCUACUAUUGGCUACCUUCAUAGUCUUCGAACGCUAGCAGUCGAUGAGAAUUUCCUUCCAGAAUUACCCCGAGAAAUUGGAAGCUGUAAGAAUGUAACAGUUAUGUCUCUACGUUCCAAUAAACUGGAAUUUCUUCCUGAAGAGAUUGGACAGAUGCAGAAACUAAGAGUCUUAAAUUUGAGUGACAACAGAUUGAAGAAUUUACCAUUCUCAUUUACCAAACUUAAAGAGCUUGCAGCUUUGUGGCUUUCUGACAAUCAGUCCAAAGCCCUUAUCCCUUUACAAACUGAAGCCCAUCCAGAAACAAAGCAAAGAGUAUUGACUAACUACAUGUUUCCCCAGCAACCUCGUGGUGAUGAAGAUUUCCAGUCAGACAGUGACAGCUUUAACCCUACCCUGUGGGAAGAGCAGAGACAACAACGCAUGACUGUUGCCUUUGAAUUUGAAGAAAAAAAGGAAGAUGACGAAAAUGCUGGGAAAGUUAAGGAUCACUCCUGCCAAGCCCCCUGGGAAAGGGGCCAGCGUGGGAUUACUCUCCAACCUGCCAGACUGUCUGGCGAUUGCUGCACACCAUGGGCCAGGUGUGAUCAGCAGAUCCAAGAUAUGCCCGUCCCCCAGAAUGACCCACAGCUGGCAUGGGGUUGUAUAAGUGGCCUCCAGCAGGAAAGGAGCAUGUGUACUCCAUUGCCAGUUGCAGCACAAUCCACCACUCUUCCCUCUCUAAGUGGCAGACAGGUUGAAAUAAACCUAAAACGAUAUCCAACUCCUUAUCCAGAGGAUUUAAAGAAUAUGGUAAAAUCUGUUCAAAAUCUGGUGGGUAAGCCAAGCCAUGGAGUGCGUGUUGAGAAUUCAAAUCCAACUGCUAACACGGAGCAAACUGUGAAAGAAAAAUAUGAACACAAGUGGCCUGUAGCCCCAAAGGAGAUUACAGUGGAGGAUUCUUUUGUUCAUCCAGCUAAUGAAAUGAGGAUUGGGGAACUUCACCCUUCAUUAGCUGAGACCCCUCUGUACCCACCCAAACUUGUUCUGCUAGGGAAGGACAAAAAAGAAUCAACUGAUGAGUCUGAAGUUGACAAAACUCACUGUCUGAAUAACAGUGUUUCCUCAGGCACUUACUCCGACUACUCGCCUUCCCAGGCUUCCUCAGGAUCCUCUAACACCCGGGUUAAAGUGGGGUCCUUGCAGACAACAGCUAAAGAUGCAGUACAUAAUUCUUUAUGGGGUAACAGGAUUGCACAAUCUUUCCCACAGCCUCUUGAUUCAAAGCCAUUACUCAGCCAGCGGGAGGCUGUUCCCCCAGGGAAUCUACCACAGCGUCCUGACCGGCUGCCAAUGAGUGACGCCUUCACUGACAACUGGACUGAUGGUUCACAUUAUGAUAACACAGGGUUUGUUGCAGAGGAGACCACAGGCGAGAAUGCCAACAACAAUCCUCUCUUAAGUUCGAAAUCUAGAAGCACGUCUUCUCACGGACGCAGGCCGUUGAUUAGGCAGGAUAGGAUUGUUGGUGUUCCCCUGGAACUUGAGCAGUCUACACACAGACACACACCAGAAACAGAAGUGCCUCCUUCCAAUCCUUGGCAGAAUUGGACCAGAACCCCUAGUCCUUUUGAAGACAGGACCGCUUUCCCUUCCAAAUUAGAGACAACCCCCACCACCAGCCCAUUACCUGAAAGGAAAGAACAUAUGAAAGAAUCUGCUGAAAUACCUAGUCCUUUCUCUCCAGGAGUACCAUGGGAGUAUCACGACUCCAAUCCCAACAGGAGUCUUAGCAAUGUCUUUUCUCAGAUCCACUGCCGCCCAGAAUCUUCUAAAGGUGUUAUUUCCAUUAGCAAAAGCACAGAGAGGCUUUCCCCACUCAUGAAAGAUAUCAAGUCCAAUAAAUUCAAAAAGUCACAGAGUAUCGAUGAGAUUGACAUUGGUACAUACAAGGUGUAUAAUAUACCAUUAGAAAACUAUGCUUCUGGGAGUGAUCACUUAGGAAGCCAUGAACGGCCAGACAAAAUGUUGGGACCAGAGCAUGGUAUGUCCAGUAUGUCUCGAAGCCAGUCAGUCCCAAUGCUGGAUGAUGAGAUGCUCACUUACGGAAGUAGUAAAGGGCCACAGCAACAAAAAGCUUCCAUGACCAAAAAAGUCUAUCAGUUUGACCAAAGCUUCAAUCCCCAAGGAGCAGUGGAAGUGAAAGCCGAAAAGAGGAUACCGCCCCCCUUUCAACACAAUUCUGAGUAUGUGCAACAGCCCAGCAAAAACAUCGCCAAGGAUUUGGUUAGUCCCAGAGCUUACAGAGGAUACCCACCAAUGGAGCAGAUGUUUUCAUUUUCUCAGCCAUCUGUUAAUGAGGAUGCUGUGGUGAAUGCCCAGUUUGCAAGCCAAGGCGCCAGGGCAGGCUUCUUGAGAAGAGCCGACUCCCUGGCGAGCUCCACAGAAAUGGCCAUGUUUAGAAGGGUCAGUGAACCUCAUGAGCUGCCUCCGAGUGAUAGGUACGGCAGACCUCCGUAUAGGGGAGGUCUGGAUCGCCAAAGCAGCGUUUCAGUGACUGAGUCCCAGUUCCUGAAAAGGAAUGGCAGGUAUGAAGAUGAACACCCUUCAUAUCAAGAAGUGAAAGCUCAGGCGGGAAGUUUUCCAGUUAAAAACCUUACCCAAAGGAGGCCAUUGUCUGCAAGAAGCUACAGUACAGAGAGUUACGGUGCCUCCCAAACCAGGCCAGUUUCAGCUAGGCCUACUAUGGCAGCUCUUUUGGAAAAAAUACCAUCUGACUAUAACUUGGGUAACUAUGGUGACAAGCCAUCAGAUAACAGUGAUAUAAAGACGAGGCCCACUCCUGUGAAGGGAGAGGAGAGCUGUGGUAAAAUGCCUGCAGACUGGAGACAACAGCUGCUUAGACAUAUAGAAGCUAGAAGGUUAGACAGGGUGUGCUCAGUCCCAUUGAAGGGAGCCUCAUCAAAGCCUCAUGACUGGCUGUCAGUGGGAGACACCUGGUCAGUUGUCACCAUGCCUUACCUCAACUUAUACCCUCCAUGUAGACAGAUAAUUGGAGGGCGAAAAUAUUGGGGCCAAAUAAUACAGUACAGUUUGGGAACUCUGGCCUCGUGUAGACACGACCAUACGUAACAGGGUAAGAUGAACUAGUCAAGAAAGGUUGUGAGAAGCUUUUCGGAGCAUACGUACAAUGACUAGUAAUUUGAGGCAACAGAGGAGUGAGUGAAAACAAAACAUGGAAAAGAAGGCAAAAUGCUAAGCCUUUGGUACCACCGUUUAUUUACUGGUUCUCAGAUAAAUGGUUCCUCUCCUUUGAUCGGAGCUACUCUUCUAGCUGGAGCAGGAAUUUGGAGAGAGGAAAAUAGGACCGGGGGAGGGGGAUUUGGAUCGGCAGAAGUCUGUGAGCCCUGCCUGGCCCAGAUCCAGAAAACCAAAAGUAAACUCAUGUGUGUUUCCUAUUGCUGUGACAACACCUUCCUUUUUAAUUAGUUUCCAUGCUUCCCCUCUUCGUUUAUAAUUCCCGCAGUCUGUCUUUCAUUUUCCAGAGCAAUUUCAGUGUAUAUUCCAUAGCUCCUUAUUGAAUUCUAAGAAAUUAGGUUACCUGAGAGUAUUGCUUCAAGCCACUAGAUCCUGAAAUUUGUCCUCUUGUUUUCUCCAAGGAACAUUUCUUCCCGCCUCGCAGUUGCAUGACUGAGCUAUUCAGGCUGUAUCUUACUUAGAACUUCCCAGGCACUCAAAAAGAUAAAUUCAGAGUACCAAAGCACAGACUUUUUAUGUAAGACUAGUUUUGACAUAGCUGUGCUUCUUAACAUAGUGUUCAAAGUCAGACUGCUCCAGAGAAACACUGUGUUUCCUUCCCUGUGAAAUUUAUUUGAGGAUUUAAACCAGAAAUCAAAUAGUUACACUAGAAACUACAAGAUCUUUGUCCAUUCUUCAUAAGAGAGAACUGCCCAGAGGCCUGGACAUUGGAUAAGCUUAACAGCCCGAGAUAACAUUGGUUAAAGAUAUUGCCUGGUGCUGACCUUGGAGAGGCAGCUCCAAGUACUGUCGUAGAUAAAAGAUCCUGUUUUCUCCUGUAGUCUAACCUCAAGGCUCAUGAUUCCACCACAGAGCCCCACUGUGACUGAGAGAAUUUAAACAUGAACCCAUAUGUCCCACACUGCUACCCUUCUACAGGAGCAAAGAGGGCACUGAGUGGAAUAAUUUUAAACCUUAAGGAAUCAUUCAAGUGCUAGAUUGAAAUGUUCGGUGUCCUUUUCUUCUUUGGCAUGGUGACAAUGAAGAAUCACUGGAUGAAAUAAUCAAGGAUCCAUAACAAAUAUGAUUGGUAGACAAGCACACCAUCAGGAGGAUAAUUGUUUUUUAGUUGAGUUCAGUGAAACUGAUGCUAAAAAUCAUUACUUCGCAAACAACGCCCUCAGAAUACUAUAGCUGCCUCCUGUUAUUGUUCAGUAAGACUCAGUUUUUAAAAAAUUUACGAAGUUAACUUGUGUAGAUUUUUUUUUCCGAAAUAAGAGAAUUGCUUUAAAGGGCCAAAUACUGUCAAUUAUUAUCUUUUUAUGAGAGGUGGAAAGUGGAGAUUGUACUAAUGGAAACUAUUUGAUGAUGGGACAUACAAAAUGUUUUAAUUUAAAUGAAGUUCUGUACAAGAAAAAUUAACUAGCUCUCAGACCCUUGGAAUAAUCUGAGAUGCACCUGUCGAAGGAUAGCCACAAUGCAGACAUCACCAGAGUGCUCUCUAAGUAUUUAAGUAUAUUAGAUAAGUAGCCUUAAUAGCUCAAAUUAUAAUUCCUUUAGUUUCAUUAUCAAAUUUCUCCAGUUCAAAAUGUAAUUUUUAAGAAACAAAAAAAAAUUCAGAAACUUUGGAUCCACAUACAAUUUCUUUGACUGGUUUAAUUAAAUUCAUCAGUCAAUUCAGUUAGCCAAUAGGUUGAAUGAUUUUUUUUUGAACAGCUCUUUUUCUGAGUUGCUGUAAUUAUGUCUGUAGAGUGAGCGAUAAAGGACACUGAUUUUGGCUUUAAUGUUGUAGUGCCUUCGUUUUAGGGCAGAAUUAGAAGCUGGUAUUUGUCUUUUGAAUGUGUUUAUCUCACAAUGUGAAAGAAGCCAUGAGAUUUGGAGCUGGCAGAUUUUGAUUAAGAUCUCACUGUUGGAAUUUUUUUUUUUUAACUAAUAGACUACCACAGACGAAAAACAUUUGUCCAAAGUCACGACAGUCAUGAUCUAUAAGAGAUAGGUUUUAUGCCCUUCAGUUAGCGGCAAAUGUAAAACAGAAUGUAUCCUUGCUUUUUGUCUUUUCCGUAGUUUUGGAUGGUACUCAUUAUGUGCAUAACUAACACUGUUGACUGUAUGCUUCUGUCUGAUCAAGUGCAUGUUUAAAAGAAAGUUACUGUUUGCCCGCUUAAAGUUAAAUGUUAUAAAUUUAAACAUGUUCAUGUAAUAAUCAGUUUGUUGAGCAUG